CAUGCACCUGUCAUCCCAUUGGCUCAACCAAUGGGCUUCAGACCUGUGACCCUGGGCGUGGCCAGUGUGAGUGUCUGCCCCACGUGAUUGGCCGAGAUUGCAGCCAGUGCGAGCCUGGUUACUAUGACAUGCGACCCACAAUGGGGUGCCUCAGCUGUGCCUGCCACCCCCUGGGAUCACGGAACAGUUUCUGCCAGGGACAGACUGGGCAGUGUAACUGCCGGCCUGGUGUUGAAGGCCGGGCAUGUGAUCGAUGCCAACGGGGUUACUUUGACCUCUCUGAGUGGGGCUGUCAAGCGUGUGACUGCUCUCCACUGGGGUCCGUGGGGAUGCAGUGCCUGGGGGACGGCUCCUGUCUGUGUAAGACUGGCUUCGUGGGAAGGAAGUGUGAACAGUGCCAGGAGAAUUAUUACUACGAGGCUUCGACCUUUCACUGCCAGCUGUGUCCAACCUGCUACAACCUGGUCCAACUCGAGGUACGGGAAUGGAGCUCCCAGACACAGGCCGGAGGGGAGAGAGACCCCUCACACACAGGCCAGAGGGAGAGGCCCCUCACACACAGGCCAGAGGGAGAGGCCCCUCACACACAGGCCAGAGGGAGAGAGAGAGGCCCCACACAG